GGUGGGGAGAGCCGGGCAAGGGAGAGAAGAGCGGCGGGUCGCCCUGUGGCUUAUAGACGGGCGGUUUUUUUUUUUUUUUUUUCCCCGCUGGCUCGCGCCGGCUCUUCUCCCACUCCGCUCGGUCCUGCCUCCCUCCCGGCCGAGGGAGAAAGGGAGCGCGAGAAGUCAUGCAUCCAUUAAUGAACUCCGCGCGCGGGAGUGGCAGCGAGCGGGGAGGGGGAGGCCGGCCCGGCUGGCGUUCCUCCAAGCACCCCCCCACCCACCCCCACCUCCGUGUCUCUUCUUCACCGCCGGUUCUGGUCCCUGGGACUGACUGACGGACUGAAUGAAUCAUGAGGUGGAUGCUGCUGCUGCUGCUGCUGCUGCUGUUGGUGGUGUGAGGCGUUUAUCUGGGGCAGACGGUACCGCAGCCUUCAGCCUUCUUCGCGCGGCGGGGUGAAGCGGGAGGGAGAGAGAGUGAGCGACCUCCUUUUUCUCCCCCGCCUCCCCCGGCCAGUUCCGGGACCUGCCACCGACCCAUUGUGCCAGCCUUGCCCGCCAACCCCUUGGGGUCCUGCAGCAGAAGAACCGCGGCUCUCCAUGGCUCCUGAGGAGAUGCCCGAGAAAUCCGCUGUUGUUUUGGUCCCAGCUCCAACAUCUGCUUCCUCCACAGGGAAUGUUUCAUCAGCCAAGCACAACAGCAUUUUGCACUGAUUGCUCCUUCCUCUCCACAUGGCCUUUCUACUAGUGUCAGCAUACCUUCUGCUGACUCCUGCUCAGGCAGCUCCAGUUGAGAAUGGGGCUGUCAUGGAGACACUGACAUCGCAAAUCCUACUCAGCAAUAAGAGUGAACACUAUUUAGCACAAGUGAGACCUCCUGGCACAAGCAGACAAAUACCUCAGACCAUCAUCAUUGGCGUGCGUAAAGGAGGGACCAGGGCCUUACUUGAAAUGUUGGAUGUUCACCCAAACAUUGUGGUAGCAGCUACUGAAGUCCAUUUUUUUGAUUGGGAUGAAAACUACGUGAAAGGCAUAGACUGGUAUAGAAGCCUGAUGCCAUUUUCAUAUGAAAAUCAAAUAACUAUUGAAAAAACGCCAGGCUAUUUUACCUCGCCACAGGCUCCUGAAAGGAUUCACGAUAUGAAUAGCUCUAUUAAACUGCUGCUUAUUCUAAGAGACCCCACAGAGAGAGUUAUCUCUGAUUACACCCAAGUCUAUUACAAUAGGCUGGAAAACCACAAGCCUGUUCAGCCCUUUGAAGACAUUGUUAUAAAAAACGGAGCCCUUAAUACCAAAUACAAGGCUAUCCAGAGAAGUCUGUAUGACGUCCAUAUGGGGAGAUGGCUUAAAUAUUUCCACUUGGAUCAGAUUCACAUAGUUGACGGGAAUACCUUGAUCAGAGACCCUCUUCCUGAAUUGCAAAAAGUGGAAAGAUUCCUUAAUCUGCCUUCCAAAAUUUUGUCUUCAAAUUUUUAUUUUAACCAGACCAAGGGCUUCUAUUGCAUUAGGAGCGAUGGAAGAGAAAGAUGUUUGCAUGAAUCCAAAGGGCGCCCGCAUCCUGUGGUCAACAGUACGGUCUUAGGGCAACUUUACUCCUACUUCAGAGAGCACAAUGAGAAAUUUUAUAGAAUGAUUAAUCAUUCUUUUGACUGGCAUUAGUAACUCCGAUUUUGAAGAAAAGGGUUUCCUUGUAAACAGUCCUUGGAUAAAUUAUUUUCAAGUUCUUCCUCUUAAAUUCCGGGUUACAUUCAUUUUGAUAAGAAGAUGAUUAUUUUCCUCCCUGAGAGAGUCUAGGCGUGCAUUAACGUGCUCAAGGAAGAGAGGCUUAACUUUGGCUUUUAAUUACUGGAAUGAACUUUGCACCAGCUUAAGUCCCCCAACCUCAGUGGAGUUAUGUCAGAACUACACUUACAUUGUCUGUUUCUAUUCAGUUUUACGAACAAAAGAAGCUUAGCAGAAAACCACUUUAAUUGAUGCUUUAAGAACAUAUAGCUGAAAUGUUAUUAUUCUACUUACAGGUUUUGUUGGCUGCUGUUAUUUUUCUAUCCAGCUCCAUGACAGUGGGACUGAUUUUUAGAUUUUUUCAUACUGUAAGAUAAUUAUAUAUUAGAAGAAAAGAUGACUUAGUGGUUCCAUUAUAUCAUUUUAUUUAUUCAGUGAAAUUAUAGCUGUAAAGUAUAUGCCAUUUAAAUAUCAAAAGUGAGUUUAAACAGUUUUGGUUUAUGUUAUGGGUCCCUCUGUGUAGGAAUAUUUGUAAUCGGUAACACAGUUAUUAUUCACAUAGGUUU